AUGAAAAUGACAGAAGUCGACCGACUCAAUGAAAGCUUCAGUACUGGAAUUUAUGUGAAAGUUUCCUACAAAGAUGAAAUAAGGAAAUUUAAGAUAUUGGAUCAUGAAAAACCUUACGAUGAUAUCUUGAAUGUGUUAAAUCGACAGUACGAUUUCGACAGUUACUCAAAUGGGAAUGUAAGACUAAGUUACAUUGAUGACGAUGAUGAUGAGAUAACGGUAAGCUCCAACAGGGAGGUUGUUGAUGCGCUGAACAGUUUAAGUAAAAAUGGGUGCUGCAUUAAACUGAAGAUUAAAGAUGUGACGGAUGAGAGUGGUUCUGACAGUGGAGAUCACCAAACUGAAACUACACAUGAUACUAAUAAUCAGUUGACAGACACCGCUGUAAAAAUGGAGGUGAUUGAGAACUCCGACCUUCAGAAAGAAAUCGACAAUGUUAUUGCAGGAGUCCGCGGGAGCAGGACAAUUGGCGAAGAACCAGUGGUUGUUCCGAACAUCUUCUCGUCGUUCCAGGGCAAAGCAAAGCGCCAGUUUGAGAUAGAAGAAGGACUGGUGGUGUGCAGGUUGUGUCCCAGUGGCAGAACCAUGGCCCCAACCAUCGACCUCAAUGUUAUCAAGUCUCACACCAAGUCUGAUAUCCACAUUAUGGCACUUACUUAUCAUGUGCUAGGAGAAUGGCCAGCUCUUCCAGCUCUACCUCAAUUCAAACAGACCAGCAAGGGUGACCUGAGGCCGUGGAGGAGCCUGGAUAACACGGCGGCUCAACUUCUGGCAGCAAAGUAUAGCCAGCAUAAACCUAUCGGACAGAGAAGAAAGAGGACCUCCUUUAGCCCCGCUACUACACUUUCUCUGGAAUCUUUUGCAAACAGCAUCAAUUGGAAGAGAGGGGAGAGUGAGAAAAUUAACGAGUUUGCUCAAAAACACGGGCUCACCUUCUACCAAGUCAAGGUUUGGAUGAACAACCACCGACCUCGCAAGGCAAUGUCGCACCAGAACAAUACCCAGUACAACAUCCCCAGCUCUGCUGGAUUCUACAACUCUGCUAAUUCCGCGGACCAUGCCAGAGAGAUCAACAAGGUAAUAGCCGCCUUAGAGGAGCCUCUCCAGAUGAAGACUGAAAUGAACAAUGUUCCGGUCUCACUUCCCACCUCCUUUGGAGGGUCCUCACUGGGGCUGGGUAACAACGCCCUGACCAACGCUAACACAGCCCUCAGCAACGCACUGACCUCUCAGGCACUUGGCUUGAAGAUCCCUACUUCUCUUCACAUCCCCACUACAUUGGGGCUAUUUAAUACCUCUCUCAGUGUCGCUAAUACGCCCAUCCCUUCAACUGAAGGCAGUCCGCCUCAGUCGGAAGCACAAUACAGUACCUCCUCCCCACUCUCCUCCCCAGCCCUGGGGCCCACUUCCCUCUCCUCCUCCUUCUUCUCCCACCCGAGAAGUGGCUUCACUGUGCCCCACAUCUCCACACCUUUCACCCUCCCCACCAUCUCCUCGACUACCUCCCUCUCCACUGCCACUACCAUUGCUAAUGUUAUCACCGAACAUAUGAAGUCGGAGAGAUUGUCCCCUAAAGGGGAUCAAGCCGGGAGAGAGAACUUCAAGUCCACUCAUCCGCUACUGGAUAACGUUUCACUGGACAGUGCCUUCAGGCCUCCAAGUUUCUCCCACAAUCUACACAGUGUCUUUACCCGGCACGGUCAGGAGAGCACUAGCUCUGGCAGCUGAACUAAUCUGAGGACCGUUCUGUUACCAUGACCACGAGUUACCAUGACUACAAGAUAUCAUCAUGUCACCUCUCACAAGAUACAGCAACAGGGUUGCUGUUCUUAUACUGACGUUGAAAAAAGCUGGAUAGUUUCCAUGACUACAAGAUAUAGUUUCCUUGUGUUUCAAGUCGCUGAACACUCUACCUGUGUGCUGUUGUUGAAUCGACGAGACUUUAUUAGCAGCGAGGAUAAUCACAUAUUCACAUGAUAUUUAUAUUUAUCACUGUUUCUAGACUCUUCCACGGAGUGUCUAUCUUUCUAUAUAUUGACAACCCUCAACCUGACAUUACUUCAAAGUAAAUUAUUCUAAGUAGCUGAAAAUGUUGAGUAGGUGUUGACAAGAACGUCUAAAUUUGAAGUUAUUGAAGUUUAAUCUUUUAUACCGGCACAGUUUCACACUGGUAUCGGCCCUUUGACAAAAGCGAUUGCAGAAUAUAAGCUUGGCUCAUUUUUAUCAUACUAUUUAAUGUUUGGUGGUUAAAACAGUAUUGACAACACUUGCAAUGAUCAAUCAACAUUUUACAUCAGCAUUUCCAGAUAUAUAACAUGUUUUGAAUGUUCUAUUUUAAGAUUAUGACACAAUUGUUGCCAGCCAAGCUGUUCGACAUAUUAAUGUUGAGGAGCAUUGCAAGAAAAUAAUGAACUAAAAGGUGUAAAACGAUUGAUUACUGGGAUUUUACUGUUAUUAAAAGACAAAAAAUCACCAACAGAAGAAUAAAGAGAAGACGGAAGAUUACCAAACUUUUUUUUGCCGAUGACAAUUUUUAAUCUAUAAUGAUCGAGGGAAACACAACAUUUGAAAAUUUAGAUUGUUGGUAUCUUCCAAUAAAUAAAUUUGUAAAUACUAUAUUUAACCUCCCUUGACUGGUUUCAUUAAGUAUAUUUGUUUAUAUUUAUUUCCAACUGUAAUUCACAGCUCAGUUGUUACUGUAAAACAUGAAA